AGCGAAAAAAAAAAUGUUACGUUUUGAUUUAUUUUACCAACGGUCCAGAGAGGCCACACGCGUCCACGCAUCCUUGGCACCUGUCCUCUUGCUUUUUUGUUUUUGUACCCCGCUACCCGACUGCUAGAAAAGGAAACCACCUCGUCGAACCUUACCAUCGUUGGCGUUGCGACCGUGAGUUCGCAUUGCCGCCAUUUUCCUUAUUUGGACAUGGAAGACGGCAGCGGUAACGGAAGCGGCCUUGUGGCCGCCCCCUUCGUGUUGAAGACGUAUGGGAUGGUGAACGAUCCGGCGACGGACCCCGCGAUCUCGUGGGGGAAGGAGAACAACAGCUUCGUGGUGGUCGACCCUCUCGUCUUCUGCCAGACCCUUCUCCCCGCUCACUUCAAGCACAGCAACUUCUCCAGCUUCGUCCGCCAGCUCAACACCUACGGGUUUCGGAAGGUGGAUCCGGAUCGGUGGGAGUUCGCCCACGCGUCGUUCCUAAGGGGGCAGACGAAUCUCCUCCGGCGGAUCGUCCGACGAAACUGUGGCAACUCGAAGGGGGGCGGCGGAGGAGGAGGAGGAGGAGGAGGAAGGGUAAGGAAGGAGGAGGCGGAGGAGGAGGAGGAGAGGGUGGCGAUGGAGGUGGUGAGGCUGAAGGAGGAGCAGAAGAAGAUCGAGGAGAAGGUGCAGCGGAUGUGGCGGCGGGUGCAGGAGACGGAGCGGCGCCCGCGGCAGAUGCUGGCGUUCUUGGUGAAGGUGGCGGGGGACCCGGACGUGCUCCACCGUUUGAUGGGGGCGAGCGAGGGAGGGGAAAAGAGGGCCAGGCUUCGGAUGGAGGCGAACGGGCCGGCGGAGGUGGAGGUGGGGAUGGACGGGGGGUUUCAGCCGUUUCCGGUGGACCUCGACGGGGAGGGGGUAGGGUUGUUCGGUGUGGAUCCGUUCUUCAACACUGUUGAUUCGGCGGGGGUUUAUGGUGGUCCGGGUUCUGAUCUCGGAGGGGCGGGCGGUGGAGAAGGGGUUUAUCCAGCUUGCUCGUUUGCGGUAGGAAGUGGAUUUUAAUUUUAGUAUUUUUACCUCCUCUUUUUAACCUUUUUUUUCAUUUUUUUUUUCUUUUUUUCCUCUCCUGCUUGGCUGCUUCCUCCUCCUCCGCCCUUUAAGAAUAAGAAUGUGCACUUUUCCUUAUUCUUUUUUUUUUGUUCCUGCUAGUAAAUGUGUAAAUAUGUGUAGUUUUUCUUGUCAACUAAAUAAAAAGUUCCGUAAAUAUGCUUUCUGGA